ACAGCUUUUUGUUUUAUUUUUUGGCCGAUUGAGCAUAGGAAACCUUCUGCAAUCAACAAUUACAUAACAAAUCUUGUCCGGACCAGAAAAUCACAGCUUGGUGGUCAAUUUAGAGAUCUUAACAAUGGGUGAAUGAGGAAAAUUGUAUAAAUAGGCAAAGCGAGGCUGAAAAGAACAUCCAUGCACAGACAUAAUUUGUAGUUUUUUAAAUCCACAGAUCAAUCUUGCUUGGUGGAAUCCAGCACAUAGGAAUUGGAUUUGAGGCUGCUACAGUUUUUGCUGGUAAUUGACUUUUAGCUGAAAUGUUCCAUGGUUGAAAUUUGAACUUAAGCUUGUCAAUUUUAGCCUUUUUUUCUCAAAUCAGAGUCAAAACCCAAUAUAAACCCAGGUUGUAGUAACUUAUUUUAUAAACUAUAAAAUGAAUUAGCAUGACAUCCAGAUGUAGAUCUAUUGAUUAACAAAAACAUAAAAUAUGAUGGUGUGUUUGAGGGGAAAGAAAAUGUGCAGCCGCCCCCACAGAUCUAGACAAGUGCAAGGGCGUUGUUUGAUAAAAAUUGACAGGCAGGAGACAGAGGCCUCGCGGACUCCAGCCCUAAGUUUAAAGAUUUUAAAACUGGGUAUUAAGUCAAACAGAGAACGACGAAACAGUGCAGAUGGUCACGGGUGAUGAAGGGAGGGAUCUCCUUUGGGAAUACAACUUCUUUCCGCUUUCUGUAUGUCUGAUCUUCUUCUCUACUCGAUCUCUGCGUUCGAAAUAGGAUGUCCUGUUUUAUUCAUCACGUGAAAUAUUGCAGGUCCCAAGAGAGAGAGAUUACUCUGGUUAGUUUUACUGACCUAAUUUAAUUAAGAUAAGGAUUAGUCUACAUGCUCUUCUUUAUCUCCUGCCCUUAAAAACUAUAAAAUACGUGUCUUGGAGCCAUUGAAAUGUUGUGAUGUGGAGGGUGAUGAGAAUGUGAAUACAAACAAAAGAAUGGAGAAAUUUGUGGGUUUGUUUAAUUGGGUUUGGUGGAGUGGGUAAGUUUUGAAGGGUGUGCUGGCAGGGCUGAGGAGAAGCGUGGAUGAUGAUGAAGAAGAAUAUGGAAUCGCAAGAGGAGCCGGUAAUGUUGAACAGUUUGCCCAUGUGUGGGUGUGUUUGUGCAUGCAUUCAUGUGUUUUAGCCUUCGUUGGUGUCAACCAGAUGAAUCUCUAGGGCUACUACUUGUAACCCCUCCAAAACUACAAUCUUGCAGCAUGACCUUGUUCACUACACUUCACGGACCAGUUAUCCUAAAGCUUAGCCGUUGUAGAUCCAGUGCUCUGUCGUAUUGUUUAGAUUUAUCGCAGGAGGAUUAGCAGAGAUCUAGGGACAAGAUAUGGCAGCUUGUAUUGCACUUAAUACAAGAUUUAGAGGGGGAGAUAAUGCUGCAACUGGAUCAGCAAGGUCUGGAGAAGAAGAAGAAGCUAAUGAAACAAAUAAUCAUCAUGGCAAUAGUGAUAUAAUUAGUCAUUCUAGUGGUGAAGGAGUUGGAGAGAACAAGAGAAAAAGGGCUGGGAUGGAACUGAGUGCACCUCUGUUUAGAAGGAUUAGCCCUUCUGAAACUUGUGAGUACGGGCAAAUCAAGUGGAAUAGUGUGAGUUCUAGUUCUAGCAUGAGGGAUUCCCAAUCCCCCAACCCCAAUAUCCCCUUGGGAUGGCAGCAGUUCCAGUCUUGCACAGUUGAUGGUGUGAGUCAUCAUCAUAAUCAUCAUCAUCAUAAUAAUAAUGCUAGCAGUAACAGAGCAACUGCACCUUCACCAACUUCCACUGUUACAUCCCGUACUGGCUCAGGGCUGUCUAACAGUAUCUUGUCUCCGGAAUCUCAUGGUCAACCCUUUUGUUCUGUAAAUGGUCCCUAUUCUAGCCUUCCCUUAUUCCACACUACAAAUAUGGAUAGGGCAGUUGCCAACUCCUGGGGGAAAUGGGGACAGGGAGUGCAGCAGCCUGAUGUGGGUUUAGGAUGUGAUGGAAGUGCACGACAGUUAUCAUCAUCUUUGAAUGCAAUCCAAUCCAUGGAUGAAUCCACAGCUGCAGUCUGGGCUGAUGGUCUCAUUAAGGACUUGAUGCAGUGUUCUCCCACUGCCUCCCUCGCGCAAAUCAUUCAAAACAUCCAAGAAGUCGUGUAUCCCUCCAACCCUCAUGUGGCAUCCAUUAUUGAGUACCGUCUGAGGACCCUAGGUCAGUUAGGGUUUCAAGGUGGUGGUCAGAUGAGCCGAGAUCAGAAUGUCAGUAUGAACUCUUCUGAUGCUGCCAGAGGUUUGAAGCGCAGCCUAGAACAGCAGCAGAUUGAUGAUCAAGGUCGAAGAGAUGUGAAUGGACAGAUUAUUGUGGAGUGGAAGAGUAUUGGGAAUCCUGAUGCUGCUGCUGGAGCAAGACAAAGUGCUAAUGAUGAGCAUCUAGAAGGCGAGAGAGUAAGACGUGAAAGUGAAGAGUUAGGACUGAGGAUGCAUAAUACAAGAGAUUCUCAUGAUUUGCAACACAACCCACAACCAGAUUCUGGCCUUAAACUCUACUUGAACUCCUCAUCCUCAGGCAACUGCUACAAUGAAAAUCAAUGGAAUAGCUCCAAGGACCACCAAUUCUCGGAGCCUCUAAUGGUGAACAAUAACACCGCUACCAACAGCAGCAGCAACAUGUGGAUACAAAGGCCAACAGACCACAACACCCACCCACCGGUUUUAUCAUUGCAACAACACCAUGAAGACCCUCUCAAGGUGGUAGCAACAGCAGGAGGAGGAGGAGCAGGUAACAAUAGCAACAAUAAUAAUUUUGUUUCUGAAGCUCCAAAGGCUGAUGCAGCAGCUCCCAAUCAGGAACAUUCAAGAGGUUCUCAGCAGGCUGAGAUAACCCCAAGAGGUGAAGAAGAAGGACUGCAUAUCUUGGCCCUCCUGCUACAGUGUGCAGAGGCAGUUUCUGCAGACAAUUUUGAUGAGGCCAAUGCAAUACUUCCCCAGAUUACUGAACUCUCAACUCCCUAUGGCACUUCAGUGCAGCGUGUGGCUGCCUAUUUUGCAGAAGCCAUGUCAGCAAGGUUAGUCAAUUCCUGUGUUGGAAUGUAUUCUCCUCUCUCUCGCAUGCAUUCAUCUCAUAGCCAAAAGAUUGUCACCGCCUUCCAAGUCUUUAAUGGUAUAAGCCCAUUUGUCAAGUUCUCUCAUUUCACAGCAAACCAGGCAAUACAAGAGGCCUUUGAAAGAGAACAGAGAGUGCAUAUCAUUGACCUAGACAUAAUGCAAGGCUUGCAAUGGCCCGGUCUGUUCCAUAUUCUAGCUUCUAGGCCAGGAGGUCCCCCCCAUGUGAAAAUCACAGGCCUUGGCACCUCUCUAGAAUCACUGGAAGCCACAGGCAAGAGACUAUCAGACUUUGCCAGGACCUUAAAUCUGCCCUUCGAAUUCCACCCAGUUGCAGACAAGGUAGGAAACGUGGAUCUUGAAAGGCUCAAGGUUAGAAAAGGAGAUGCCUUGGCAGUACACUGGCUGCACCAUUCUCUUUAUGACGUGACAGGCUCUGAUACAAACACACUUUGGCUCUUGCAGAAACUGUGUCCUAAAGUUAUAACUAUAGUGGAGCAGGAUCUGAGCCAUGCAGGGUCCUUCCUGGAGAGAUUUGUGGAAGCCAUACACUAUUACUCUGCCUUGUUUGAUUCUCUUGGUGCAAGUUACCCAGAUGACAGCCAUGAAAGGCACGUGGUUGAGCAGCAGCUACUGUCAAGAGAAAUAAAGAACAUAUUGGCCGUGGGUGGACCUGCAAGGACUGGUGAAGUCAAGUUUGAGAACUGGAGGGACCAGAUGAGGCAGGCUGGCUUCAAAUCUCUUUCCCUUGCUGGGAAUGCUGCAACUCAGGCCACUCUUCUACUGGGCAUGUUUCCAUGUGAGGGAUAUACUCUUGUGGAGGACAAUGGUGCUCUCAAAUUGGGUUGGAAGGAUCUCUCUCUCCUCACUGCCUCUUCUUGGAGACCCACUCAUCAUGCACUCAUCUAAUCCAUUGGUAACUUCAACUCUCUUUAUUGCGCAGAUCAUAACAAGUUCUGCUUUCCUUUUACAACAGCUUCAUUGUACUUGUUCUUAUGUUUUGAGAAUCGGCAAGUUAUUAGAUAGGAUUAGUGUUUUGGUUGCUGCUUGAUAGAUAGGCCACACAUACAGCAGCAACAGCAGUAUCAUUGUAAUUGCAAAUGAAAUGCUUAUAGACUUAUCAUUUAUAUCCA